GACCGAUUCCGAAAAAUAUAAAAUAAAACUCGGUCAAAUCCAGACUUGCAGAAGGGUUUCGAUCGUUAACGGGAACGCACACUUCCUCCCGGGUGAACAAGUUGACAGACGUUAUAAAAGCAUGAAACUGUGCCAUAUCGUGCCGAUUUUGGCCAUCGGAGUGCUAAUUUGUGGUCAAUUAGUGCACUGUGACAGUGAAGAUAAUGAAACCGCGGAGAAGACUACCGAGAGUAGCAGCGUAGAAGAAGUGACAACCGAGGGCCAACAAUUUCUAGUGGCCAGCACCUCCGAUGUUAUUAGCUACAAUGACAACGAUGUGGAAAAGUUUUUCGAAUCACUCAAGAAGCAACUUAAGUGUGGAUACCCAAAGUUUGGUAUUCCUGGAAUGGUUCCGCUAAAGUUGUCCUACAGAUUCAAAACUUCGCUGGACGUAUUGAACCUUAAAAAAGUACAAAUCAGUGCCUCAAACUUUGUGAUCCACGGGCUGGAUAACUUUUCCUGGAAAUCGGCCAACACUUCGUUUACUCGUUCCAAAUCUCACAUCACUGUCAACUUCCCAAACAUUACGAUCUUUGCCGAUACCUCCUUGAAUCGAGCCAACGGAACGUCAAGGAUGUCACUGUACGACACCCUGGUCUAUCUGGAUGCAGAGUACGAGGAAAAGGACGGACUGCUGUACCUUACAGACAUCAACGGUGAUGUAGGGUUGAGAGCCUCACUGGUUAAACUGGCCCAUCUGUUCCCGAAGAGUGCCAAGCUGACCAAGAUCUGGAACAAAGCGAUCGGCGACUCCAUCCCGGUGCUCACCCGGCUGAUCACGACCCGCAAGAUCAGCGUGGACUUUAUCAACCGGCUCAUCAACGGGUCCAAGUACUACGCGAUCAGCACCACCAACAAUGCGCUCUCUACGUACCGGCUGGAUUUCGACGAGCUCGUCGCGAGUCUAAAACGCUUCUCCGAGAUGACGGACGACUCGCUCAUGUGCUCCAACGAGGAGUCGGUGGGGAAAUCGAGGGUUAUUUAAUGGACUAUAUCUUUUAAGAACAAACAACAAACAUAUUUAUUAAA